AUGAAUAACUGGCAAACAGUAUCAAUAGUAUUGGCCUGCUUUUUAGGCAUCUUCCUUAUUACUGUGGUUUUCUUCUUGAUCUACUUGGGCUGCCACUUCUCAAUCAUUCUUGAAAGCAAGCGGUAUCCCUUCACUAAGUAUGAAUACAAUCGGCCCUUAGAUUUGGAAAGCGGAUUGAAUUCUUCUAUUAUUGCAACAAAAAGUGUGCACACUCUCCCUACUUCUCAUGUUACUGAAGAAGGAGACAUCAUAGUUCGCACUGGGUUUGUUGUUGGCACUGCUAGCCAUGGUGAUUUAGGUCUGUUACUGGAGUUUCAAGAUUCAAACUCAUUCAAUACAGAUAGUCCCAUAUCGAACCAAGUGUCCAAUUUCAGCAUCUGCCACACACCAAGUGAUCUACGUGAACGUGAGAAUACUGGCUCCCAAGCUGAGGUGAACUCGACGGAUUUGGGGGUUCCCGCUGGUAAGCUUGAUCGGUACGAUAGUUUUAGCAAAAGCUUAAUCAUCAAGGAUUUGAUGCAGGGUUCACCAUCAGAGCAACCAAGCGAAAUCCGGGAGGUGAGUGAUCCCUAUUCAUCAAAUCUGAUUUCUGUUGGAGAAGUUGUCGUGGUUGUCCAGUCCUUCAAGGGAGAUAAUGCUCAUGAGUUUAGCCAUUUACAGGAAGGUGAUUUGUUAAGGGUUGUCAGAUUCUACUUGAAGGAAGGAACGGGAACUUUGGGGAAAAAAGGACUCCAUCUUUUGAAAAUCACCGGGAAGAAGCACAAAUUCUUGUGGUCUUUCUCUCCCGAACCCUCGUAUGAGGAUUUGACAUAUAUUUCAAAGGACGACCCAGAAUUCCCUCUUGUUCAUUGCACUGGAAUCAUUUUGAACACUUUCUUGGAAUACGAUGCCAGCAACAACACAAUGGCUUUGAAGAUGAAGGAUUCCAAUCAUCUUGACACUGAUAUUUUGAAGGAUUUCCCCCUUAAAUGUGUGUCCUUAGAAACCACUGUUGUGUCCCAUCUGGGACAGUGACGGAAACAUGGAGCUAAGUCCGUGCGCGUGCGUGCGCCAAUAUUUAAUUGUUGUAUUAUCAGUUAUAGUGGGUAGUUUAGGUGGCUAUCUUGCUAACAAAGGUUGUUUGUUUUGCUUGCUAUAUCCCAUAUUCUAUGUUUUUGGGAGUUAUUUGGAUCAUUUCAACUUUUGUACACUUUUGGUAAGCCCGUCUCCAUCCUUCCCCAUUCUUAACUCAUGCUCGCGGUCGGGUUUGAAAGGGUGGGGAACGGAGACAGCCACAGAUUAUGGAGAACUAAAAGGUGUGGUAUCAUUUACUAUACAGAAAAAAGUAGUAUACAAGUAACAGUAGCAGUCAGUGUCUUCUGUUCCGACCUUCCCAAUCAUCUAGUGUUUUAAUGGCAUCUUUCCAGUUGCUGGUAGCCAAGCUCAAUUCCCGUUUGAGUCUCUGAAUUUCGUCAUCUUUACCAUCCCUGGAUUCAGCUCCCUCCGGUGGUUGUUCUUUCGACUGGUUGAUAUCGUCGAACAAGUUGUUCAAAUAGUGAUAGUUUUUGUAGAUGUUGUUAAGAAUUGGUUUAAUGAUGAAUUCAAAAGUCUCGAUAUUAUCGAUAUCAAGGUCCAGGUCUAUCAACUGGUUCAAGUCUUGUAAAUUGAAGUAAUCUUCUGGGUUCGGUAUGAAUUCAUCUUGUGAAGAAGGUUUAUCGGUUUCUGGGUUAAUAACCGAGUUGAACCUACUGUAGUAUUUAUUCAAAUUCUUGAUAAACCUGGAAAACUUGUGAUUCUCUUUGAUCAAGUUGUUGGUGAGAUCCGUCAAGGUGAUGACAAUUUUUUCGUAUUCGGCAUUCAAAAUCGGUAUGGGCAAAUUUGUAUCAUUGAGAUUGUUGAUUAUGGGAUUGUUGUUGUAGAUGUAGUUGGAAUUUGUAUCCACCUCUGCAAUUU